AGUAUUAGUUUUAGCAGAGCAUGGCAUUGUGAGAUGUACAGCUGCCGACGGCUGGUCUCAGAUCAGUACACACUGACAAACCAGCCCACCCCUAUUUGGGAAUGGAAUGCCGGGAAUUGUUUGAUUGACAGUCAAGAUAAACCAAUGAGAGGCCGAGUUCACGGCUCGUGGCCGAUAGUAAAUAUUCAGUAGUUUGUGCUCUAAGUUUUUACUGAAGCUAGAAGCUCGAGCGAGCGUGGCUUGCACCUUACUUUUUCAAGCAGAGCUGUUGAAACCAUGCUUGUAAAGUGCGAAAACAUUAGGGAUGCAGUGAAGUCUCUUAUUACCGCUUUCUGGUUUACUUUUAGCGUGUGUUCCGUGAGUGUUCACGGCCAGGAAGGUAAUGGCUGUGGACAUACAGUGCUCGGCACAGAGUCUGGCUCGCUGGCCUCGCAGAACUAUCCAGGCACCUACCCCAGUAACAAAUGGUGUACAUGGAGGCUUCGAGUGGCAGAGGGUCGCAUGCUGCGACUGCUGUUUGGGGAUUUUGACAUUGAGAGCAGUCCGGGCUGCAGCAAUGGCUCUCUUGUGAUCACAGACAAGAAUGGAGAAACCUUUCUGGGUCCAGUGUGUGGGAAGCUUGAUGCAUCACAGAAAAAUGUGACACUUAAAAGCAAUGAAGCGACAGUAAGCUUCAAGUCAGGCCCACACCACUCUGGACGAGGGUUUCUACUGUCCUAUGCCACAGACCAGUACCCAGAUCUCAUUUCUUGUUUACAACGAGGAUCUCAUUUUAGCUCUCAGUAUUUGAGUGUGUACUGCCCUGCUGGAUGUAAGAAUGUCACAGGGGAUGUUUGGGGGAACUCUGAUCAGGGUUACAGAGAUACCUCAGUCCUAUGCAAGUCUGCAGUCCAUGCUGGAGUUGUGUCUGAUAGUCUAGGAGGCCAUGUCUCUGUGAAUCGUGAGAGAAGUCUUACACUCUAUGAAUCCAGCUUUGCCAAUGGAAUCCUUUCAAAAAUGGGAUCAUUAUCUGAAAAGAAGCUGCUCUUCAGCAAAGAAUGCAGCAACAUCCUGAGUGUUUCUGGUUCAAAUGCCUCAUCCUUCUGGGAUAAAAGCACUCAAGAGCACACAGUGUUCUGGUCCCCCAGAAACAUGGGUUCCACCCAUGAGGUCCUACACUGGACAGCAGGCCAUAAUGACCCAAACCCAUGGGUGGAGCUGGAGCUGAGUGACAGAAAAACUAUUACAGGCAUAAUGACGACAGGAUCAGACGAGUACUACAUAGAAUCCUACCUUCUCCUUUUCAGCAAGGACAGAAAAAAUUGGAAGCUUUACAAAGGUGCUCUGAGUAAAGAAAAAAAGGUAUUUCAGGCCUACACUGAUGGCCACUUCAGGGUUCUCAACAGCUUUUUUCCUCCCGUUGUGGCUCGGUAUGUCCGACUACAGCCAUUGAGCUGGCAUGGCAGAGCCUCAGCCCGGGUCCAAGUUCUCGGCUGUCCUGUUACCAAGGUCACGCCAAGGUCACGCCCAGCUGCCGAAUCUCCAUCCGUUAAAGUCAACAUGGGUACAGCAUCGCCGAGCCCGACUCCUACUCCCACAUUGGGACCAGUCUUAGUGGAAACAAAACUGAGUUCCAGUCAGCCAGUGAUAGUAGCAGUGGGAGUGGUCCUGGCACUGUUAAUGUGCGGCAGUUGUUUGUUGGCUGGAGUCUGGUGGAGGCGGAGGAAAAAAGAUUCACAAAUGAAGUACUCCCUACCCACAAUAGGUUGUCAGAGUUUCCAGGCAAAGAGUCUCUCAUGCCCACAAUCAGAGCUUAUUUCCUACCCUCUGGAGCGAAAUGUCCAUGAUGCUCUCCCAAGCCCCCCUCUUAAUGACUAUGCCGAGCCUGCUAUUGCAGUUAUUGGACAGAAGGUUGGCUCAACAUUUCGACCAUCCUCAAAUGAGGGCUACACUACCCCUUUCACUUUCAACCAUUAUGACACUCCUGGCAACCUGCCAGAGUACGCCGAGCCUCUUCCCCCAGAGCCUGAGUAUGCCACCCCAUUCGGUGAUCAACCGCCUGAGUCACAUGGACCUCCUGCACAAGCACCUACCGCUGGUAACAGUACCACAUCCAGCCAUGCGCAGUAUGACUGCCCCUCACACAGGAUGCUAUCCAAUGGCUACUGCACUCCUGUUCUACAUGCGAGUGGCCCACGGCCAGUCAGUGUGGUCUAUGCUGAGCCAAAAUCAUGUGACUCUUUACUACAGAAGCACACAUAUGAGAAGCCUUUGUGAACAGUGCAGUCUCAGACAUAGAAGGAAAAAAAAAAGACUCUCCAGAGAUAAAAUGUGUGUAGGGACCAGAGGACCAGGUGAUCUCAUGGACACUAAGCUGGAUGGUGUUGUGUACUAAUGCUCACAGAACUGAAUGUCCAGUGUGUGAUGUACCCAAAGUUCAGAAGUCACUUUGGACCUCUAUGCAUAUAUGAGGCUACACCACUCAGAGUACACAAUGAUGUGAGAGCCAUACUAAUGCAAAUAUUUCCCUCCAGGAAGUCUGUACUUGUCCUGUGGAAAUAUUCUGUGAUGCACAUGCAAAAAUGCAGGUUCAGUCGUGUCUCAGAGAUACUGUUUAUUGAUAAAAUGUUUGAUCACAAGCUGCACUUUCAGAAAACACAUACAGUAAUGUAUGUCCGUUUAACAGUUUAAUGCAAAAAACGUGGACUGAAUGUUACUUGUCCUGACAAAAUGUUCUAUUCACAAUGUAUAAUUUCAACAUCAAAACAACAUUUAAGAAGCACUAUAAAUGGUACACAGUAACAAAGUGGUUAAGAUUGUUGCUAUGAUUAUGUAUUACCACUAGGUGGCUCUCUUGAGUUUUAAACAUGUAACAAUAAUGUAAUAAUUUGCUGGUUCUCUUUCCUCAAAUAAUUAUCAUUCAUUUAUAACAUACAUAGUAAAGUAACAAACAAAACAUUGGUUUAAAAUAUAUGCUUUGAUUAUAUCAGUGUAACACAGAAAGGCACAACAGGCAGGGUGAUAUCAUGAUUAGCAUGGAGGACCCUGCAAUGAAACCUACUGCAGUGUCCUUGAGCAAGACACCCAUACCUCAACCAAACACCAGAGCUAUUAUGUUGCUGCUCAUCACUAUGGAAAAGAGAUUUCUGUUUCAUUUGAGGGGUUAUGAAGAAUAUCACAAAACCUCAACAUAGAAAACAAUUCCAGUAUGUGGCCUUCCUGUGAUUUGUUAGGUUUUUUUUGCCACGACAGCAACUUUCCAAGUGUGAGAAACACUUAAAGAAUUAAAUAAAAUUAACUCUGUAUUCCAUA